GUGGCGGGACUCUGGUCCGAACUCAGGCGCCGUCGGGAGGCGGCGGCGGCGGAAAAUGGCGCUGACUCAGGGGACCAAGCGGAAAGUCUGCUACUACUACGACGGGGAUAUUGGAAACUAUUACUAUGGUCAAGGUCACCCCAUGAAGCCUCACAGGAUCAGGAUGACUCACAAUCUUCUUCUCAACUAUGGUCUUUACAGAAAAAUGGAAAUUUAUCGACCUUACAAAGCGAGUGCCGAGGAGAUGACCAAAUAUCACAGUGACGAUUACAUCAAAUUUCUGCGGUCCAUUCGCCCAGAUAACAUGUCUGAAUACAGCAAGCAGAUGCAACGAUUCAAUGUUGGAGAAGACUGCCCUGUGUUUGAUGGACUGUUUGAAUUCUGCCAACUAUCUACAGGAGGGUCUGUUGCAAGCGCCGUGAAACUAAACAAGCAGCAAACAGACAUCGCGGUGAACUGGGCUGGAGGCUUGCAUCAUGCCAAGAAGUCAGAGGCGUCUGGCUUCUGUUACGUCAAUGACAUUGUCCUGGCUAUCCUAGAACUGCUGAAGUACCACCAGAGAGUCCUGUAUGUUGACAUCGACAUCCACCAUGGGGAUGGUGUGGAGGAAGCCUUCUAUACCACAGACCGUGUCAUGACAGCCUCCUUCCAUAAGUAUGGGGAAUAUUUCCCAGGAACCGGGGAUCUGCGGGAUAUUGGUGCGGGUAAAGGAAAAUAUUAUGCUGUCAACUAUCCUCUCCGGGAUGGGAUCGAUGAUGAGUCUUAUGAAGCCAUUUUCAAGCCGGUGAUGUCUAAAGUGAUGGAGACCUUCCAGCCGAGUGCCGUUGCCCUGCAGUGUGGCUCAGAUUCCUUAUCAGGGGACAGGUUGGGUUGUUUUAAUCUGACCAUUAAAGGUCAUGCCAAGUGUGUGGAGUUCAUCAAAAGCUUUAAUUUGCCCAUGCUGAUGCUGGGAGGCGGCGGCUACACAAUCCGUAAUGUGGCCCGGUGUUGGACGUACGAGACGGCUGUGGCGUUGAACACCGAGAUCCCGAAUGAGCUUCCUUACAAUGAUUACUUUGAAUACUUUGGCCCGGAUUUCAAACUCCACAUCAGCCCUUCCAACAUGACCAACCAAAACACCAAUGAAUACCUGGAAAAGAUAAAGCAGCGUCUCUUUGAGAACCUGAGGAUGCUCCCCCAUGCUCCCGGGGUGCAGAUGCAGCCAAUUCCGGAGGAUGCUGUGCCGGAAGAGAGUGGUGAGGAAGAGGAGGAAGAUCCUGACAAACGGAUUUCUA